CCUGAUGUAGCCUUCUCUUCUUCCAUUUUCUGCAAGUUUUUCUGCAUUUUGCUCUCUGCAUUUCUCUCUCUCUCUCUCUCUCUCAAACUCUCGUUUCGUCUCUCUUUCUUCCAUUUCUAGCGUUUUCUUCUACUCUUGGCUUAAAGAUUUUGGAUCGGAUACCCGCAUUUUCGAAGACUGUAUCUUGAUUUGGACUCGCGAAUCAGGCCCGGGAUGUGUGGUAGCAUAUGGUGUGUGGGGCAGGAGUUCUUUUAAUCAUAAUACAAUAGCCCAUUGCAAAUUUUCCUCUGCUAAAUAUCAAUUCUAUGGGUCAUCUUUUAAUGCUGGAAGACCUGAAGAGCUCCUUUAUCAGACACAUUCUUUUGUCAGAUAGUUUUUGGUUGCCUCAUCCUUUAUGCAUAGAGCUAGGGAGAUGUGCAGUCUUCAGGAGCCUUCCGCUUGAUGGACUGCUCACCAAACAGCAAUGACAAGAAAAAUUUGAAGAGGUGGUUUUUUAUAGACAAGAGGGUUGGUUAAAGAGGAUAACUAGGGAGUAGGGAUUGAUAUUGCAGCUUGUUAAUUUGCAAUAUUUGGGCUGUUCAGCUGUUAAAUAUCUCGAACUUCAUUUCCUCUUUAUAUACUGCGUUACAAGUCUGGAUCCUAUGGAUCUGAAGUCCAAUCAUUCUUCUCCUGUUCUUACUGAUCCUCCACCUGUAAACAAGUCAAGAUUUGGCAUCCGUUCCAAUUUGUUGCCAUACUCUCCCCCAGGAGCAGCAUUCUCUUCUACCCUGUUCCUAACCAUUCCAAGGAAGAAGAAUGGAGUACUGGAUGAUGUACGUUCCAGCAGUUGGCUGGAUGCCAUGAAAUCCUCUUCUCCUACUCAUAAGAAGAUAACCAAGGAUUUCAACACUGUGCUUGCAUCAACUGACACUGAUGUUACUUACCGCACCUGGCUGCUUAAGUAUCCAUCAGCACUUAAAUCUUUUGAGCAAAUCACGAACUAUGCCAAGGGAAAAAGAAUAGCAUUGUUUCUGGACUAUGAUGGGACUCUCUCACCUAUUGUAGACAACCCUGACCGAGCCUUCAUGUCUGAUUGUAUGCGUGCUACUGUGAGAAACGUGGCUAAGUUUUUCCCAACCGCAAUAAUUAGUGGAAGAAGUCGGGAUAAGGUGUAUAAUUUUGUGGGACUAACAGAGCUCUACUACGCUGGUAGUCAUGGGAUGGACAUCAUGGGCCCUGUCAGACACUCCAUUUCUAAUGACCAUCCAAAUUGUAUUAGGUUAACUGACAAGCAGGGUAAGGAAGUUAAUUUGUUCCAGCCUGCGAGUGAAUUUUUACCCAUGAUCGAUGAGGUUUUUAGAUCCCUUGUCAGGUGUACUAAAGAAAUCAAAGGAGCAGAAGUAGAAAAUAAUAAGUUCUGUGUCUCUGUACAUUACCGCAAUGUGGAUGAGAAGUAUUGGAAGACAAUAGCACAGUGUGUAGAUGAUAUUCUGAAAGACUACCCUCGUCUGCGAUUAACUCAUGGCCGGAAGGUUUUAGAGGUCCGACCUGUGAUUGACUGGGAUAAGGGAAAAGCUGUUGAGUUUUUACUUGAGUCACUUGGGCUGAAUAAUUCUGAUGAUGUACUGCCAAUUUAUGUUGGAGAUGACCGGACAGACGAAGAUGCCUUCAAGUUUUUGAGAGAUGGAAAACGUGGUUAUGGCAUUUUAGUGUCUUCUGUGCCCAAGGAAAGCAAUGCAUUUUACUCACUCAGGGACCCAUUAGAGGUCAUGGAAUUUCUCAAGUUACUGGUGAUGUGGAAGAAGUCAAGUGCACUAUAAAUAUAUAUAACAUAGAGAUGAGAACCAUACACUCUCUCUCUCUCUUUCUCUCUCUCUCUCUCUCUCUCUCUCUCUAUAUAUAUAUAUAUAUAUAUGUAUACACACACAUGUAUACCGUAAAAUAGAGUUUAUGUUUUUGUAAGUUGUGAUGAAAUUAAGCCAAUAGUUUCUGGAGCAGAGUUGCGGAAGGAGCUCUUAGUCGCUGGUAUUGUUUGUGUUGCUCAAGCUUCCUGCCUUUGUAAAUCCUUUCCUUUAACCCCUUCUGCUACUGAGGCUUAAAGCUAUGAUUCCUGAGUUGUAUUAAUCAUAUGUUCCUUCUUUGCUUCACUCUGCCUUUGUCAGUUUUGGUCCCUAUUAUCUCCCCAUGGGAGGUGUUUAUAGAAAUAUAUGUUGUAAUUUGUUCAUUCUAUUUAAAUAGAAAUUUAUAUGUUUAUAAGCUC